AUGAGAGCUCAUCCACCCAAGGCAAAGAACCCCUGGAUCCAACUUGUGACCUCCUGGUUGGCCAGAGAGCAAGACUGGAACCAGCACCUAGACCAAGUCCUUAUGCUGCAACAGAAGAGGAUUCGAGAGUCUCCACUGCUUCGGGCAGCUAAGGAAAAUGACUUGUGUGUCCUGAAGAAAUUUCUGCUAGACAAAACCAAUGACUUUCAACAAAGAGGAGCUCUGGGGGAGACAGCACUGCACAUCGCUGCCCUCUAUGAUAACCUUGAGGCGGCCAUGCUGCUGAUCGAGGCUGCCCCGGAGCUGGUCAAGGAGCCCACCAUGUGUGAACCAUUUGUAGGUCACACUGCAUUGCACAUCGCUGUGGUGAACCAGAAUGUGAACCUGGUACGAGCCCUGCUUGCCCACGGGGCCAGCGUCUCUGCCAGGGCCACGGGCACUGCCUUCCACCGCAGCCCCCACAACCUCAUCUACUUUGGGGAGCACCCUUUGUCCUUUGCCGCCUGUGUGGGCAGUGAGGAGAUCGUACGGCUGCUCAUUGAGCACGGAGCUGACAUCCGGGCCCAGGACUCCCUGGGAAACACGGUGCUGCACAUCCUCGUCCUCCAGCCCAACAAAACCUUUGCCUGCCAGAUGUACAACCUGCUGCUGUCCUACGAUGGGCAUGGGGACCACCUGCAGCCCCUGGACCUCGUGCCCAACCACCAGGGCCUCACGCCCUUCAAGCUGGCUGGAGUGGAGGGCAACACCGUGAUGUUCCAACACCUUAUGCAGAAGCGGAAACACAUUCAGUGGACAUAUGGACCACUGACUUCCACGCUCUAUGAUGUCACAGAGAUCGACUCCUGGGGAGAAGAGCUGUCCUUUCUAGAGCUUGUGGUCUCCUCCAAGAAGCGGGAGGCUCGCCAGAUCCUAGAGCAGACCCCAGUGAAGGAGCUGGUGGGCUUGAAGUGGAAGAAGUAUGGCCGGCCAUACUUCUGCGUGCUGGGCGCCCUGUACACUCUCUACAUGAUCUGUUUCACCAGCUGCUGCAUCUACCGCCCGCUUAAGUCUCGUGAGGGCAACCGCACUAGUCCUCGAGAUAACACCAUCCUCCAACAGAAACUACUACAGGAGGCCUAUGUGACUUAUGAGGAUAACGUCCGGCUAGUCGGAGAGCUGGUGACUAUCACUGGGGCUGUGAUCAUCCUGUUGGUAGAGAUCCCAGACAUCUUCAGAGUUGGUGCUUCUCGCUAUUUCGGACAGACAGUCCUUGGGGGUCCAUUCCAUGUCAUCAUCAUCACCUAUGCCUUCAUGGUGCUGGUGACAAUGGUGAUGCGGCUCACCAAUGCCGAUGGGGAGGUGGUGCCCAUGUCCUUCGCCCUGGUGCUGGGCUGGUGCAGCGUCAUGUACUUUGCCCGAGGAUUCCAGAUGCUGGGCCCUUUCACCAUCAUGAUCCAGAAGAUGAUUUUCGGAGACCUAAUGCGUUUCUGCUGGCUGAUGGCUGUGGUCAUCCUGGGAUUUGCCUCAGCAUUCUAUAUCAUUUUCCAGACCGAGGACCCAAACAAUUUGGGGCAGUUCUAUGACUACCCAAUGUCAUUGUUCAGCACCUUUGAGCUCUUCCUCACCAUCAUCGAUGGGCCUGCCAACUACAAUGUGAACCUGCCCUUCAUGUUUUGCAUUGUCUACUUUGCCUUCGCCAUCAUCGCCACACUGCUCAUGCUUAAUCUGUUCAUCGCCAUGAUGGGGGACACACACUGGAGGGUAGCACAGGAGCGGGAUGAGCUCUGGAGGGCCCAGGUUGUGGCUACAACAUUGAUGCUGGAGAGGAAGAUGCCCCGCUUCCUGUGGCCUCGCUCCGGGACCUGUGGGUGCGAGUAUGGGCUGGGGGACCGCUGGUUCCUGCGGGUCGAGAACCACCAUGACCAGAAUCCACUGCGAGUUCUUCGCUAUGUGGAAGCUUUCAAGAGCUCAGAAAAGGAGGAUGGCCCAGAGCAUCUUUCAGAGAAGCAGCACUCUUUGACUGAGAGUGGGGCUCUAACCAGAGGCUCCCUGACUGUCCCAAGUCCCCCACUGUCCCGGACUACUUCCCGAAGCAGCAGUAGUCACCGGGGCUGGGAGAUCCUUCGUCGGAAUACACUGGGACACUUGAAUUUUGGAAUGGAUUUUGGUGAGGGGGAUGGAGAGGAGGUCUAUCAUUUAUGAUGAGGAUCCUUAUUACUCUGAACUGGCUCCAGGCGGGCCUGAGAUCGGGGAGGUGAUGCCUGCCUACGCAAGUGUCUCACUGACAUGCUGUUCGUCUGGGAGGGGAUAGACAGAAUAAUUCCUAGAGGCAGAAGGCUCUUGCCUUAUCUCUCCACAUCCUCCACUCUCAUCUCCCUUUGCUUCCAUGCUGAAUCAUGACUGAACAGCAGCAAUAGAAGAUGGGCCAUCCAUCUCCAGGAGGGACAGGCACCAAGUGUCCAGGGUACCACCUACAGGACCUCACAUACACGAGGCCUCUCUCCUGCGCCUAGCCCUGAACUUCCCAUCUCAGUCCUAUCACCACCCCCAUACAAAAGCCCUAACAACCUUUAAGUGGUCUGGAAUGGCAAAGAGGUAAGAGGAUUUGUGAGCUCACAGACAGGUUCAUGGAGAUGCUCCCACAAAUGCAGAGCUGAGUGUCCCACAGUGAGGACGCACACAAACACCCACACACCGGUAACACACUGUGGCAUGGUGCUUAAAGCUCUCAGUGAGGUCUCAGUGCUCACGCUCCCUCUUCAUUCUGUUGUGCACUCCAAGCACUUCCACCCCUGUGUGAAGCAAAACUCCCUUCUGUGUUCCAGCCCCAGUUCUCUCUGUCCAUCUCUGUCCCUCCUGGGUCUUCUCACUUGUGUAUCUCCAGCCUCUCCUCUGGGAGUACUGUCAGCAAAUAAGCACGCUCUCUUCUUUCCCAUUUUCAAAGAAAGCACAAAAGCCUUCCUUUGCCCCUC